UGGACUUUGAACACAGUUAGUUAUUAGUUCUGCUGUCUGUCGCUGAUACAGCUUAUUUGGUCUGUUCUGCUGCAGAGGAUUAUAAUGUAUAUGUUAAAGUUUUGUGCCAAUAUCUCGUGGCUCUUCACGGAAUUCCCGGAGUUCACGCAGCGGUUGCGGGCUGCGGCGUGUGCGGGAUUUCAGGCGGUCGAGGCGGCGUGGCUCUACGACACUGACCUGAGCGAGUUAAAAACAGUGAAGGAUGAAACGGGACUUGAGUUUGCACUUAUAAACACGCCCCCAGGAGAUUUGAAGAAUGGAGAUUUGGGAUUGGCUGCUGUUCCCGGAAGAGAGAAGGAAUUCAGACUUGGAUUGGAUUUGGCACUACAGUACGCUAAAGCCCUGGACUGCAGAAGGAUUCAUUUGAUGGCGGGGAGGGUGCCUGUUGGGACAGACCGUGCUGUUAUUGCCAUGGAGAUGGAGGACACCUUUGUGCAGAACCUGAAACAUGCUGCAGGUGUGCUCUCAAAGGAAGGAAUCCUUGGAUUGAUUGAGCCAAUCAACACCAGAAUAACAGAUCCACGAUAUUUCCUUGACUCUCCACACCAAGCCGCGGCUAUUCUACAGAAAAUUGGCCAUCCAAACAUCAAACUACAGAUGGACCUUUACCACUGGCAGAUCAUGGAUGGCAACUUAACAGAAAAUAUACGGAAAUACUUACCCAUGACAGGUCACAUCCAGAUCGCUCAGGUUCCACAUCGUCAUGAACCAGACAGUGAUGGAGAGGUGAACUUCUUGUAUCUCUUUAAACUGCUGGAGGAGCUGAACUAUCAGCACUACAUUGGCUGUGAAUACAAACCACUGGGUUCCACGGAGGCGGGGCUGGAUUGGGUCAGAACAUACUGGAACAGACACAACUGAUGACUGAUUUCACUUGCGUCCAAAUUUUACAGCUUUUAGCAUUUGAGCAUUUCCUAAUUGAGCGCAAGAGUGCCUGUCCACUUUUUCAGCUGUCUUUGUUCUGGAAGAAAUUUUCCCAUUAAUUUAUACAUAAUUACAGUUCUAACCAAUGAACCAAACCAACUAGCUUUGAGGUGAAUCACAAACAACAUAUUUGAAAAUCAGACAAAAAGACCAAGGUACAAGAGUGUGGGAAUGACAUUCAUUUACAUAAAGCAUUUCGAAUAAUGAACGAAUAAAAAAAAAAAAGGAAAACUACAAAACGGUUGACUUAAAGUUUUUGAUAAUAAGUACAGAAACAAUAUCUCUUAAUAGUUUGCGAGUGUAGGGAGAGCAACUCGUUGGUAUAUUCACAGAGCAUCAUGGAAGUUUGCAGUCAUUGCAGAGCUCUUUGGGUGUGCUUUGUUGUAGCGAUUCUCUGAUUGGUGGAUUUCCCACCCCUGAGGAUCAUGUGUAGAUUAUAUAAAAUAAAAAAAGGUUUGAAAAACACUAUUUGAUGGCUUCAACAAAAGCAUAUACCAUUGAUUUACAACUUCUGAGCUCAUUUACCAUAAAAUCGUCUUUGAUGGUUUACAAGUUAGAAUUAAAAUUGAAUUUCCAUAUGGAGAAAAUAAAUGAGAUUUUCUUACUUAUAGGGCCUCUAGGCACCUACAAAUUAAACUAUCUUGAAAUAUCUCAGGUUUAAAAUUUAGUUACUGACUUCAGUUUCCAACAGUUAUCAAUCUAUCAGUUGUACAUGUUUUUUGUUUUCAAAGCAUCGCAAACUUCAACACUUAAAACUUUUUUGUAUUUUUUUUAUUUAUUUAUUUAUUAAGGACCAUGUACAAUUUCAAACAUAAAUGUUGCCAUUUGAUGCAUUGUACCAGAGUUAGCCGUAGGCUAUUUUACAUCUGCAGUCCCCUGGCAGGGUACAAUAAAAACAAACUCACCCACCCCUCACCCCCAUCCCCUACAUGCAUACAAAAAAACACAUUUUAUCAACACCACAUCAGCUUCAGUGAGUACAGAUUUGAGUGGUCUUCAGAAAGGUUUUCAGUUCUGACUUAAAACUCUUGAUGGAAUUGCAGCUCUUUACGUCAUUCGCUAUUGCAUUCCACUGUGUAGUGGCUUUGUAAGAAAAAGCAGAUUGUCUAAAGGUUGAACGACAGAAGGGUAUAAUCAAAAAUGGAAGCUAUUCUGGUAGAUUUUACUGAAGUUACAGGGCGAUUGCAAACAAAAACCAAUAAACAAGCAGGGGCCAGGCCGUGUAGAAUCUUAUACACUAGAGUCAAGUUUGAAAAGAGUCUAAAAUUUUCAAAACUCAAUAAAUUAUGUUUCUCUAAGAUCUUGCAAUGGUGAUAUUGGAAUGGCUUUUUAUCAAGGAUUUUUAUAGCUUUCUUGUAUAAUGAUUCUAAAGGUCUAAUGACAGAUUCACUGGCCUGUCCCCAACAGGUGAUACAAUAUGAAAUAUGUGAAAAAAUUAAGGCAUGCAUAAAUAUUUUGGCUACAUCCAUAGGGAGGAACAAUCUAAUCUGUCAAAAGUUUGCCAAAUUGUAUUUUAUAGUUUUUGUCAUUUUCUUAAUGUGUUUCUUAAAAUUGAAAUUUGAAUCUAAAAUGACACCAAGAUAUUUAAAUUCAGUUACUAUGUCAAUUGAUUUAUUUUUAAUUAAAAUGUCUGCAAUUUGUGUCUGCCCCUUAGUUUUACUAAAGAACAUACCCUUUGUCUUAUUAAUAUUCAAGGUAAGACAAGAUUGUUCAAGCCAUUCAACAACACCUUGCAUGGCAUAAGUUAAUUUCUCAGCUGCUAGCUGAGCAUUUUUUGCAUGUGUGUACAGAACAGUGUCAUCGGCAUAUAAUUGUAUAUCAACUCCCAUUACAGUGUUGUGGAAGAUCAUUAAUAUAAAGACUAAAAAGUAAAGGAACUAAUACAGAUCCAUUGUGUUUUUCAUAUAACUAGAGCGUAAAUCUUUAAUUCUAACACACUGCAUCCUAUUCGACAAGUAGGUUGAGAGCCAUGCUAGUGUUUUGGCAGAAAGAUUAAAUUUAGAGAGCUUAAAAAUAAGAACAUCAUGAUUCACUGUGUCAAAAGCCUUACGCAAAUCCAAGAACACAGCAGCAACAACUCCUCCCUUAUCAAGUUGUGUUCUUUUUCUGUGAAAUGUAGAAUGGCUGUUUCUGUGCAAUAGUUCUUCCUGAAUCCAAAUUGCAUGGAAUUUAAGGCAGAGUUGCAGUUAUUUAGAUGCAUUCUCAACUGCUCUAUGAUAAUUUUUUCCAUGACCUUUGAUAGUACUGGUAAUAUACUUAUCGGCCUAUAGUUACUUGCAUCAUAGCGGUCUCCAGACUUGAAAAUAGGCGAGAUCACUGCAUGCUUCCAGUUAUCAGGAAAGUGGCUUUGAGUAAUCGAAAGAUUAAUUAAAUGUGUAAUUGGGGGAGUUAAAGUAUCUAAGUGUUUCUUAAUUAGCUUAAUAUCCAUAUUAAAAGCAUCUCUACUUUUAGAAUUCUUUAGAGAAUAGAUAAUUUUUUUUACUUGUACUUCAUUAGUUGUCACCAAAUUAAAACCCUGAUCUUUAUUAGUAUGUAUAAUAGGUUCUCUUUUUUUGAAGUGAUUUCCUAACUCAUGGACCAAUU